AUGCUUUUUUCAAAAUUUCUCUUUCUUUCUUUUUUACGGUUUUUCUUCUUUCUUACCUUAUCACUUUUUUCUUUAUUAUCAUUAAAUUUGUCUUCUUUCUUUCCCUCUUUCCUUCUUUCCUUCUUUCUUUCUUUCUUUCCCUCUUUCCUUCUUUCUUUCUUUCUUUCUUUCUUUCCCUCUUUCCUUCUUUCUUUCUUUCAUUCUUUCUUUCUUUCUUUCUUCAGACCAUCAAUCUAUCUAUCUAUCUAUCUAUCUAUCUAUCUAUCUAUAAUAAGGGAAGGAGAUAUUCAAAGAAGUGUUAAUCUGAAAGGCGAAAUUGAUUUUAAUCCUUUUUUCUUCUUUUUCAAAAUCUUUCCUUGUUUUGCUUUGCUAUUUGCCAAUUUGUCUAUUUGCCCAUUUGCUCAUUUGUCCAUUUGUCUAUUUGCCUAUUUGUAUAUUUUUCCAUUUGCCCAUUUGUCUAUUUGGCGAUUUGUUCAUUUGUCUAUUUGCCCAUUUGUUCAUUUGGCUAUUUGCCCAUUUGUCUAUUUGUCCAUUUGUCCAUUUGCCCAUUUGUCUAUUUGCCCAUUUGUUCAUUUGUCUAUUUUCCCAUUUGUUCAUUUGUCUAUUUGCCCAUUUGUCUAUUUGCCUAUUUGGUCAUUUAUCUAUUUGCCCAUUUGUCUAUUUGCCCAUUUGUCUCAUCGCUACUUUCCUGUUUUAUUAUAA